GAGAUUUUGUUUUGUCUAAUAAAAAUUCCCUGUUGCCAGUUUCUCAGUUACGUUUUUUGAACAUAAAACAUUGUCCACUGCUUUGUAAAAUGUACAGUGUAAAAUGAACCAAAUUUUUUUUAGCAAAAAUAUUAAAAAAAUAUAAAUGAUGAUACCAAGAAUUAUGAGUAACAGCAUUACUUCUUUAUCAGCGAUGACGCUGGCGGAGGUUUUCCGCUGUUUCAUUUGCAUGGAGAAGCUGCGGGAUGCCCACCUCUGCCCGCACUGCUCCAAACUGUGCUGCUACGUGUGUAUCCGGCGGUGGCUGACAGAGCAGCGGUCACAAUGCCCCCACUGUCGGGCAUCUCUGCACCUGCACGAGCUGGUCAACUGUCGCUGGGUGGAGGAGGUGACACAGCAGUUGGAUACUCUACAGGCGGCCGGUGUCAGUCAGCCGCGUGGCGACGACUUCGACAGAGACAGAUGCCGCAGUCACGAAGAGAAGCUGUCUGUGUACUGCUGGACCUGUCGGUGCUGCAUAUGUCACCAGUGCGCUCUGUGGGGCGGUACCCACACCAACCACACGUUCAAGCCACUGGAGGAGGUGUACGAAACACACGCCUCCCAGAUCAAAGAUGAGGUGGCACAGUUGCGCCGCCGUCUCCUGGAACUCAUCAGCCUUGUCCAGGAGGUGGAACGAAAUGUGGAGAGCGUGCGGUCAGCGAAGGAUGAGCGAGUGCGUGAGAUACGUAACGCGGUGGAGCUUAUGAUCGCUCGGCUCGAUUCGCAGCUUAAGGCCAAGCUGUUGACACUGAUGGCACAGAAGUCAUCUCUGACACAGGAGACAGAGCAGCUGGAGGCCCUUCUGCAAGAGAUUGAACGCCAACUGCACACACGUAAACGGAGUGAGUUCAUAUCGCACUCGGCAGAGCUCUCGCGGAUGAUACAUCAAGUUCGUAAGAAACCGAUGGCCAGCUUCGUUACAGCACCGGUACCUGCCGACUUUCAGAGUGAGAUAGUGCCAGGAUAUGACAGCAGUACCUUCGCCAUGCAACAGUUUACUCAGCUGCAACACAAGGCCGACCCUGUCUACUCUCCUCCCCUCCACGUCAAUGGGCUUUGUUGGCGGCUGAAGGUGUACCCUGAUGGGAAUGGAGUUGUGAGAGGCAACUAUCUCUCUGUAUUCUUGGAACUGACGGCCGGCCUGCCUGAAACUUCCAAGUACGAAUACAGGGUGGAGAUGAUACACCAGGGCUCGCGAGAUGCCAGUAAGAAUAUAGUUCGAGAGUUUGCAUCCGACUUUGAGAUUGGGGAGUGCUGGGGCUACAACCGCUUCUUCCGCCUGGACCUGCUGGCAAGUGAGGGAUACCUCAACACUGAAAUGGAUACUCUUAUCUUAAGGUUCCAGGUGAGGCCACCCACCUUCUUUCAGCGCUGCAGAGAUCAACAAUGGUAUAUUGGCCAGCUGCUGACCCUUCAGAAUCAGCAUGUGCAGCAGAUAAAUGAGUUAAAGGAGCAACUGACGAUCAACUUGUGCGGGAAUGCGUUGAACGCUGCGAUACGCGGGGUCAGCAACAAUUCAAGUCUGCAACCAAGCAGUGUCAACCCAGUGGACUCUGUUAGACUGCUGAACACUUCUCCUUCCUCGCCCAGCAGGAGUGGCGGUGUCUGUCAGGAGACACAGUCAGGAAGUAAAGUACAUCGCCGCCGCCUGAAUGUAGUCGAUCUGUCCAGCUCUGCGUCCACGCCAAACCUGCGCACCUGUGCACAAACGCUACCACUGCCUCACAAUAUUUCCAGUGCCAGCACUACAGACAGUGAGGAGCUCAGUGAUACGGAGGACUGUGAACACCAAAACAACGGAACUAGACAGACCGGUGGGGAGGUUAGCAAUGACGAGAACGAUGUGGAUGACGAGACAAUGUCAGGAGAGAAUGAUGUGGACUUGACUAUGGCCCAGCAGUUGUUGUACAGAGACAACCCAAGGCCAGGCAUUGAGAUGAUUCCUAUUGACUGCUUGGAAGAUGAUUUAAUGCUGGAUCUUUUUGGACUUCAUAUAUUUCAAGGGGAGUUACAGUCCACACCGAGAGCCAGUACAGACAGCUUGUUGGAGGCUUGCUUCGGCGUGGACUCAAGUGGUCGGAGCAGAGAAUUGUUGCAAGGAGACUCGAGUGUCGAGAGAUCCACAGCUGGUAACAACGAACCUCUCACGCCACCCAAAGUUGGUUUGGCAUGGGCCCUUCGCAACAUCUGUCCAACCUCGCCCAGUCUGCCUCCGUUACCCCAACUGCCGCCCAACCCUUUUAACUCACCUCAAAGACACCGGCUAUGGAGUCUGUUAGAACAAUAUUCGUCACAAGACCUACCUCGGCUGACACGACCAAAGAACACUGGAACAGUGACCCGACCCUCGCCACUGGAGGGAGUGGAACACGGGGAGAGGCCACCCUCCCCCUACCAGGCACCACCUCCCUACAAUCCCUUGUGGGCUACCCGCACCUUUGGCCCUUUUGAGCAAGUGAGGCCCAUUGGAUCACCUCGUGACAGGCCAGAGAAAGAUGAACAUUCCUAUCCCCGGAAAGAAGAGAACUUGCCAGACGAGCGGAGAUCUACUUCUCCUUGAAUAUCACAUCUCCGGUUGUAAACAUUCCAACUUCUGCUUGUAAAGUGGAAUAUGUAAAUUGUUUUGUUGUAUUAGCUCACUUCAAGGCUGUUUGUAACCUUUCUCCUACUGCCACUCUUUCAAUUCCUAUUUUUGUUUUGUUUUUAUAUUUAUAGUUGUUUAGCGCGAUGGAAUGCCAGUAAAGUAAUUAAAAAUGGUUUUUGUGAACUAGCAUACAUUAUUUUUGAUGUAUUGAAUAGUUGUGAUUGCAGUUUGGUUUGCCAUUGUGUUCCUUAGGAUAAGCGUAAUGAUCAUCACACUGUUAUGGGCUUAGCUUUAUUGAUCUAUGGUGAAACUUUAUUUGGACUAUAAAACGUUGUUUGAGGGACUCAAUGACUUUAAGAAUAUUGAGGUCAGUCCCAGGACAUGUAAAGAGGGCAGUACUGAUCUUAUAGGAUGUUGUUUGUACAAGGUCGUUUGGAAUGUCGUUUUCUUACUUAUUUCCUGCAGUUGUUUAAAGUUGAUAUGUGUGUUAUUAAUUAAUAAAAAUAAAAUAUUAUUCUAGUA